UUGAAAGAAUGCGAUAGCGAUACGGUUGUAUUAUUGUAUAACUAUAAAAUAAAUUAUUACAACUAAUUUUUAUUUUCUUGAAAUUGUUUCACGAACGAAUUAAUUGUAAUAAUGUUUUUCCGUCAACAGUAAAAUGCGAUCCGAAAUAUUCCAAGUCUUAUAGUUCCUGUUCAGCUGGGCUUGUUCUCAGAUUUAUAUGCAAUGUCGUCUAGCACCGAUGAAGAAUUGGACAUGUUGUCUCCCUCUUUCAACCCAAUCAAAGCUCUGUAUGCAAAAAACGUAAAAGUGCCCAGCACUACUGCUCAACCGCUAGACAACAUAUCAAAAUUUGAACUUGCUCCUUCAGGAGAAGUCAUGAUCAAACCUGAAAGACCUAGAACACAAAACGAAUAUAACAUUGAACCAAUAAAACGUGAUUUAAGUAGUGUGGCCGGUUCAUCUCAAGUAUCAUCAGUUCAACGGAUUAUUAAACAGAGACGAACUGUAUUGGUACGUAUGUCAGAAAUUGGCAAAUCUCGUGGGCCACUAUCUCGCAUUGCUACGUUUUGCUACUUAAAACAACGUGUUAAAGUAUACAUACGAUCGGCUGUGUCUGUUCGAGGCCACUGUGAAGGGUACAUUAUUGCUUUUGACAAACACUGGAACUUAGUCAUGGAUGACGUAGAUGAAGUAUGGACGAGGAAAAACAAAUACAAAUCAUUAGCUAUUGGUGACGCGAGAAGUUUAGACGAUCCAGUGGAGAAACCUUACACAGUCAUCAAGAGGAUUCGAGGACACCAGGUGUGCCGGAGGCACGUUCCCCGAUUUUUGGUGCGUGGAGAGCAGAUCGUUUUAGUGGCCAAAUGUCUCGUUUGAACGACUAAGUCAUAUUACUAUAUUAUGAUGUUUAAUAAAUGUAUAUUUUUGCGUGUACGUACGGUGUUAUAACUUUGAGCUUGG